GUUUAUAAUAACGUUAACUUCCUUUGUUUCCUCUUCUUCGCCGCACACCUCAACGUCCUCUCACUCACUCACUCUCUCGCCGUGUCUUUUCAGGUUAACUACAAGAGCUUGCCUUUUCAGCUUAGGUUGUUGAUAAAUUGAAGCACUUGAUGGAAAUUAACCCAUUAGUUUUGGCUCAGCUUGUUUUAUGACUCCUGCACAGCCAUUAAUGGAUAUUGAUCCAGACCAUAAACAUCAUUCUAUAAAAGUUGAAGUUGAUAUAGAUGACAAAACUAGCUUGGCAAGAUCAGAUGGGAUGAGUUCAAGAUGCGUAGACAAUAUUGGAGAAACAGUUGGUGAGAGAAGCACUCUGUUGGAUGAACAACCUAAGCCAAUGGACCAUCAGGAUGUAGAAGUUGACAUAACAACAUACAAAAACAUAAGUGAGAACAAAUCAGCAGAACCCGAAGAUCCAGAUGCAACUGAAUAUUCAAGCUCAUUUGCAAACACUCUUUCUGAUACUGAGAAAUGUUCUGGACGAAGUGAAACUGAAGUGGAAUCACAAUUUUUUGAUGACAGUGAUUUGGCAUCCCCAUAUGAUGCAUUCAGUAGCAUUUUCCAGACAAGGAAGAAGAAGUUAACAAAUCACUGGAGGAGCUUUAUACGUCCUCUGAUGUGGCGCUGCAAAUGGACAGAACUGAAAGUUAAGGAAAUUGAAUCUCAAGCAUUGAAAUAUGCCAGAGAACUUACAACAAUUGAACAGAGAAAAAAUUCACAAAUCUAUCAAUCUACAUUUGAAGACUUUUGUUCCAAGUCUGUACCAUUUACAAAUCAAUGUUAUAGAAGAAGAGCUGUAAAGAGGAGGAAACGAAAAAGAAUAGAAGAUACAGCUGAUGCAACAUCAUAUAUGUUACACCAUAAACUUUUUUCUUAUCUGGAAAGCAAGAGAUCCAAUCCAGAUGGAAGUUCAAUGAUAGAUGAUUUUGACAAUACAGCAAUUGCAGAACAUCAUGCUGAUUGCAAUGACAAGUUUGGCAAUAAAAAUGAACAAUUAUCUUUUGAGCUUGAAGAUAGUGAUAAUUCCUUGGAGCAAGUCCUUUGGAAAAUUGAACUAGUGCAAUCUCGUAUUCACAAGCUGAAGAAUCAACUAGAUAUGGUGAUGUCAAAAAAUGCCACUAAGUUUUCUUCCUCUGAGAAUUUAAGCCUUCUAGCACCCGGUGAUGCGCAGACAAGCUCGGCUCCUAGUCCAACAUUCUCAGCUGGCAAUGGAGAAACAAUGCCAAUAGGGGCUAUUCAUAACGUGAAUCAGCAUAUCUCAGGAUAUGAUAUUGGAGAUUUGGUAAUGCCUGAUAGUGCAAUAUCAAGUUAUGGAGAGGCUAUUCAUGUACCUGAUAUAAUUGAAAGCACAGUUGGAAUGUUGGCUGCUGCUGAUGUUACCUUCUGUCAGCCACAAAUUGGAGAUUCAUGUGAAGAUAUUGUGGAUAAUGUGCUGAUACAUACUGAAGCAGCUGAGGGAGAGACGCACGCUUUCAUAGGGACAAAUAAUCAACUCCUAGAGAAACAUCGUGAACAAGACAAAGGAGAAGAAGGAGAAAGCACCAAUCCUUGUCCAGUUUCUACCUCCGAACCAGAUCCAACGACGAAAACCAUAGUGUCACAGGAGCAAUCAACUCUGAAGUCAUAUUUAGCCUCAGAUUUCCAGUUUCCAAAGAACAAAAGAAAGCGGGGCGAGAGGAAAGCUGGUUCAGGUGGCUGGAGCAAGAAAUGUUCAGGAGAGCUUGAUAGCCAGUAAUUUGUAGGAAUUCUCUGUCAAACCAGAUCAAAAAGUUCCAAAUGCAUGGCUUUUGUAAUAAAGCUGCAGGCAAUGAUACUGGCCUUGUUCUUGAAGGUGUGUCCUUAAUAAACAUAAACUUCGGCACCAGCUGUUGGUGGCAAUUGCUGGUCAGGAACAUGUCAUUUUGGAGAUAGAAACUGAAUGAUCAGCACAGAGGUUUUGUCUGAAAAACACAAGUGUAGCAAUAACAGCUGGCAAAUGGAGCCAAUUUUCCAAGGUCAAGAUCUGGUGUGCAUUUCUAUUUUCAUUAAGGCUUCUGGGUUUUGAUGACUGUUUGCAGCUUUGGGAAGAAAUAAAGUCUUGUGUUUUUUCCUGGCAGAGGCUUUGUUUAGAGCUUCAAGCUUUUAAUUUUGUCAAAGUAUUUGUUUUUUCUUAUCCAUUCCCCCCUGAACCUUGAUGAACAUUGAGAGUAGACAGUUCAUUGAAUCAACACUGAAGAUCAUAAAGUUCUUGAAAAACAAUUUUGUCAGCAAUUCAGCAGUUCAAGAGCUUGAAGUCCAGAGAAAUUGGAACCUUGAUGCUCAUGUUUCAAUGAGUAUUUGUAGUUUGAAUUGAUUGUUUUUAAGUCACCAUGAAGCUCAGGAUGCUGAAAAUAAUGUUGGGAAAAGAAGAGAUGGCAGAAUCAAACAAGAGAUCAGGAUGGAUGAUAGAUCUAAGCUUUAGCUUUUGUUAAAUUUGAUGAGAGUUUGAACUUGAACUUGUUUAAUAGACACCAUUUUGAAGUUCAGGUUUUGGUAGGAUGUUGUUUAUUACAAUCAUGAGCUAGAAAUGUAAUUGAAGAGUUGAUUGGCCUUGAAGAAACUUAUUUAAAUCUGAUCAAUUAUGGUUUUAAUACUCAAACAUGGGAGUUUCAUAUGUUUUAUUUGUGAAUUUUACUUGUAUUUUGAAUAGAGCCGAGUAAAUAAUAAUUUUUAUUAUUUUUUCA